UAAAAGCAACACAAAUGGCGGAGGAUGAACGAGUAAAACUGCUUAACAAAAGAAACAAUGAUUAUUCAUCUGUCCCUUCAGGUAAAACUUUUGUGAGGUCAUAAUUGGAUCAACCUUAAGAAGUUACCAAUUGUGCUAUCAUGUCCUUUUUGAGGACGUCUUCUGAGACCUCUUUGUCUCCCAUUCUUUCAGAAAGGAACGACGAUUCGCCAAUUGGAAUAAAUCCUCUAUCUGACGAUGGAGCUAAUAACAGAAAGUUACAUAAUGCCGCAAUCUAUUUGCAGGAAGGGUUAUACAAUGAUAAAUUUGAUACCCAUCCUAACGGCAGUGCAGCAGUUACAGCUUAUGUCAUUACGCACAAUUUUUGGUUUUACUUGUUGGAUUUAGUAGCCUCUACUAUUCUUUUGCUUCUUGCUUUUUUUGAACCUCCGGCUGUUAUAAAGAUUAGUAGCAUUAUUCAUGCAACGAUUGAAUUGUCGUGCUUAUUUCUAAUUGCUAUGGAAGUAUUUCUAAGAAUUAAAUGGCUCGGAGUUGGAAUCUUUAGAACUCAUUUUCGAAGUGCUAUUAAGGCAAUGGCUCUGGCUAUUAUGAUAGUCGAGGCAAUAGUGGUUAUAGCAAGAAAUAAAAGUCACUUCCGGGUUACCAGAUGUAUUAGGCCACUUUUUCUAUUGGAUUGCUUUUAUUGCACUGGUUUGAGGAGAUUUAUUCGUCAAAUUAUACUAUCUUUACCACCAAUACUUGAUAUGCUACUUUUAGUAUUGUUCAACAUGUUACUUUUCUCAAUAUUAGGUUUUUAUUUAUUUGCUGAUAUCCCUCAUAACGACUACUUCGAUUCUAUUCAACAAAGUUUUGUUAGCCUCUUUGUUCUGCUAACAACUGCAAACUAUCCAGAUGUCAUGAUGCCCGCCUAUAAUGCUCACAGAAUAAACGCUGCAUUCUUUAUUGUAUAUUUAGCUAUUGAAUUAUAUUUUUUGAUGAAUUUGAUGCUAGCAGUUGCCUAUAACGUUUUUAGUAAUCAGGAGAAGUUAAAGUUGAAAAAGUUACUUCUUCACAAGAGAACUUCUUGCAGAAAAGCUUUCUCAUUAUUAGGAAGCGAUACUAUGAAUUUAUGUCAAUAUAGCAAAAUUAUGCAUUACUUUAAUCCCUAUAUGGGUUAG